GCAAUGUCAUGUUGGCUCUGAUCAACGACGUCACGGCGGCAGAGGAUCGAGAAGAGGCUGUUGGCGCGUACUUCGCUGCCAACAACUUCAUGAGCUUGAUGAUGACCGGAAUUCCCGUGAUGUUGGUGCUGGUGUUGAAGGUCAUUCCCAACAACCCUGCCUUCUUUUUAAUCCUCCAGGCAGUACUGAGCGUUCUGUGCAUCCUGCUCCUCUUCGGAGUACGGAUGGAUGCCAACGCAGGUUCCAAGGAGCGGCCUGAGCGAGACAGCGAGCUUUCUGUGGAGAGCAGGAUGGAUACAACUUCCACAUCCACGGAAGCAUCAGAGGACAUGCAAGACCCGGAUGCCUGCUGUGCUCACAGCUGCCGAUCAGUCAAUGGCCAAGGGCCGUGCCCUACGUUGCGCAAGGCAGUGAGGCAGUUUGUUCUGCCGGUGCGCCUGGCUUUCGGGAACCGAAGGCUCCGGCGUCUUUGGUUUGCGGCCUUCUUGCUGAUGUUCGCUGGCCAGCUGGUCAUGGACAUCGGAGGGCAGUUCUUCAAUCAGUCCAUGGGCCUGAUUCCCUACGGCACACGGCAAGAGAUCAUAACGGUGGCCGUGCUGACCAUGAUCCCAGGCCAGCUUCUAGCCAUUCCGGGAAACCUGGUGACCGGCUACCUCUCAAAGAGGGGCGGUCCGCUCUUCCUGCUUCGUCGAAUGGUUCCAAUGACGUCCAUCCUAGUGACCGUCGGUGCCUUCAUGGCUGAGGUUCGGCAGAUGUGGUUUAUAGCUGUGGUGGUCAUUUGCCUCAACUACGCUGGCCUUCCGAACGUCCCUCUCAUGCGCCUCGUUUCUGGGGUGGCUCCACCCGGCCGAGUUGGGGAGGCACUGAGCGCCAUGGGGAUCGCUGCCCAGCUCGCGAGCUUAAUUGGCAAUAUAGCCGUGGCGAUCUUGAACAGAUGGCUCAUGAGCACUGACCUCUAUGAUCCGUUGUGGAUCUACUAUCCCGCAUGCGGUGUGCUGUCGUUGUGCGCCAUCAUCCCACUCAGCGGGACGCCCAAAGGCGGCUGGGGCGCAGCAAGUGGCAGCCUGCAGGAGCAGUUUGUGGCUGUUGUGUAUGCGCACAAAGCGAUGCGGCGGUGGAAGCGGCAGGUCGCACGGCGAAGGGCCACAGGGUCUGCCUAG